UGCGCAUGCGCGAAAGAUUGGUAAAAAUCAAAUUUGGAGCUUGUUUCUCGGAGGAUGAAACACUCGUACACUCCUUUACCAAACGGAAUGGAAAACGACCCUGAGGUGGCAUUUAGUGUCAAUCGGAGAGACAUCGAAUCGACGGAGAAUCAUUGCAAGAUGACGAAUGGAAAUGGAAUCGAACCCAAAAGGAUGAGAUACCCAUUUUGCGUUGUUUGGACGCCAAUCCCAUUUCUAACGUGGUUAUUCCCUUUCAUCGGUCACAUGGGUAUUGCAACAUCACAGGGAAUCAUCAGGGAUUUCGCUGCUCCAUAUUAUGUAUCGGAGAAUGACAUGGCUUUUGGCAGACCUACCAAAUACUGGAUUCUGGAAUCAUCGCAGGCCAAACCAGGAACAUGGGAUACAUCUGUACAUGAAGCCUCAGAGGAAUAUAAAAAUAGAAUGCAUAAUCUCUUUUGCGACAACUGUCAUUCACACGUUGCGAUGGCUAUGAAUCUUAUGAAGUACAGAGGUAGUACAUCAUGGAACAUGGUUAAACUUUGCUUUCUGAUGCUCAUUUAUGGAAAAUAUGUUGGAUUUGGUGGAUUUUUAAAGACGUGGCUGCCUGCAGUUAUCCUGUAUGGGACUAUAAUCACACUUGUUCUUGUCUUUAUUUAGAUCCCUAAAUGCAUAUUGUUUACAGUUUUCAUGGAAAAUUUGCCCCAUUUUGAUUUUUAAUCUGUAAAAGCUGAUACCAAUUGCGCAGAUUUAUGACCGGUAGAUAUUGUGUAAUGCCACUGGAAAUUGCAGUAUGGUUAGUUUCAAAAUCUCACUUUCCCUGGCCCGACAGUUGUCGGAGGCUAAGCAGGCUUGGCCGAAGAAUUUCUCAUGGGUUCACCAAGUAUGCUUUCCUCCUCAAAAAACCUCUCUCUAUUACAGGUAUUUCCAAUGCCUUUUUUUUUCCUUUUCAUUCUCAGAUUUGAUGGGAUCAGCAAAAAAAUAAUUAUUCCCCUUGAAAGCUGAUCAAUGCACAUAUGACUGUAACUACCCCGCUCUGACUCUAUCAAUCUCUAUUUUCUCUCCUGCAACUAUAUAUAUUUGUCUCAUGUACAGUAGUUUGAAUGUCUUUUCAUUACUACAACUGCAACCGAUGCAGGGCCAUCAUAUAUAUUUGUGUACAUGUGUGUAUAUUCAUGGUAUGCUACAAGAUUAAAAAGUUCCAGUAUGUUUUACUGUAAUUUAUCUGUGAUAGGAAGUGACUGUUUUCCCAGUUAUAAAAUCUUGAAAUUCACAAUAGUGUCACCAUUCUGAAAUAGUUAAUAGCAUUAGUAAAUGUAUUAUGCAGCCGUAAGUCACCUUCAUACCAAAAUCCAGAGCUGCAUCUUUCACAAUCCUGCAUUUAUGCUUUCAUCACUAAUCCUCACAGAGAGUACCAAAGUGAUGACGUCACAAAUUGCAUUUCAGCGUUUUUGAUACCAUAUUCUGGUAGAGCAUGAUGAAAAGCAACCACUUCCAAAAUUUUGUGAGAAUCGGUCCAUGGGGGCCUGAGAAAUGACCUCAUGAGUGCAUAUUAGCCCCAUUGAAGUAAAUGUAUUAUUGACCUGGUUCCUAACAUUUCGAUCCAGACUAUUACAUUGACUUCAAUGGGGCUAAUUAUGCAUUCAUAAGGUCAUAUCUUGGGGCCCCAUGGACCGAUUCCCACCAAAUUUGGGUUGUGGGGUUGUUCAUCAUGCUCUACCAAAAUAUGGUAUAAAAAAACGCUAAAAUGCAAAGAGUGAUGACGCUUCGGUACUCUAUUCAUCAUAGACAAUGCAAUGGAGAGUAUAGAAUAGCGACUGUGAAAGACGCUUAUUGCAUUUGAAUCCUGUUUUUAAGUCAACUUCAAGCUUUAUUAUUUCAUUCACUUAGCUUAUUGGAUAAAGAUUUUGUUGUUAAUAUAUUACAAAUGAGAUCACUGAUAUGUUAAUAUAUAUAUAUAUAUAUAUUUGAUGCCCACUUGUCGAUGCAAGAGGAAAACUGCUGGGAUUAGCAUUAUAUAUUGUUUUAUUUUAUUACAUCAAUACAAGAAUUUUCUUUUUCAUUUUCAUGUUAUUUUCCCAUUCUCUCAUUUUCUCUGUCACUUCCAUUUUAUAUUGUAUCUUUCUUAACCAUGUCCCUUUUCCUUUGAUUCAAUCUCCUUGCAUUUUUUUAUGAAAAGUUCCCAACACAUUUCCAUACAUAGCUACUGCAUGUAUUGUUCUGUAUAAAUUGAAUUCAUCCGAUCAUGCUUCUGUAUUCUUAUUAUCUGUAAAUGAAUAAAUAAAUAUCUACUUAGAGUGACUUGGACAGCAAGGUAAUAAUGUCCAUGUUAAAGGUUCACCGUCCCCGGAUUCAGAGGGCGCUGCUUGACAUACGUACGCACUGCGGACGGCGCAAGCUGCCCAUUGACACCAAUGUUAUCAUUAGUUGUACAUGCAAAUGCCAUGUUCCGAAUGCCGGAACUCUGACGAUUCUCAGUUUGCAUAUGCUUCGGCUGCUGUUCAAACAUCUUUGCAGGUUGGAUCCGCCUCCUUCUGCUGCGUGAAGUGACGUCAGUAGAUAUUGGACCAGUGCUGAUGUAGCCAAAAGCAGCGUAACGUAUACAUGUACUGUGUAUAUGUGUACAUGCUCAGUGCAUGACUGGCUUUUGAUUGACAGCUGCAUGCAAAUUACGUCGAUGAUCGUUAUGAAAAUGGCGGCGAGUACACAACCGUGCAACUGAAUCCGUGGACGGUGGACCUUUAAUAAACAUAUAGUCACAAGACUAAAUGCUGAUAUAUGUAUGUACACAUGGUGGCUUAGGAAAUGCUCCAGGGCAAAUGCUAUUCUACUAUGAAAUACAUUUAUUUUCGAAGCUUUGCUAAUGUUCUCAAGGUUGCAUUUUCUGGCUGUAGUCUUUACUGAAAUAUUAUUUUCUUUAUGUAUAUUUCAAAACAUUUACAAAACCUGUUUAAUAUCAAUACUGUGAGUUUGAGUUAAUUUGAACAGAGUAAAAUUCAACAUUGGCAUAAUCAAGUAAAUUUAAUAUUAACAACAAAAAAGGUCUGGGAUCUUUAAAUUUGAAUGUGAAUGGAUAGGUUGAUAUUGUUAUUAUCCAACUUAAAAUUUUAUUUUAUUAAUUUUUUGGAUAAUGUAUAUUAUGUCCCAGUUUGCAUGAGGAACCUGCCUGUAUCAAAAUAAAGUAUAUAUAUAUAUUCCUUGAGGAAAUCAUACAUUUUUGAAGCAGAAAAUUGAAAUAUUGGUAAUGCCAUAUUCAUUUAUUAACAUAUGAAAUAGAAAAUUGUCUUGUGAAAUCGCACCACCCAUUGAGACGCAUUCAUGUUUUGGGGACACAUUACACAAAUAAACAACUAUUUCAGUGAAGUUUUCAUUAUUUUGCUUAGUUAGUUUGACUAUUUUCACUUAAUUCAUCUUAUUUUGUGGACUAGAUUUUCCUUGCAACCAUCAACAAUGCACUUGGGAUUCUCAUGUUGUUGCAAAUGAAAUAUCAAACCCGUUUUAUAACCUGUCUAUGAAAAUACCUUUAUUCUCCAGCAUAAAUAUGUAAAUUUGUUAAUCGAACUACUCAUACAUUGCACAUUAUUCGUUUAAUUUUUGAGAUUUUUUUCUUACAUUUUGGGGUCAGGUUUUAUCAAAAUCAUUACUUUCUUCUAGAUCAGUAUUGGAGCAUGUAGAUCGGACGUGGGUACUUACAUGUAUGUAUUUAUUAGAUUUACACUACUUCUUGUAAUCUAUGUACUUUCAAGAUACAUUUUGUGUUUUACCUCUGUAACUAUGUUUUAUACUUCAAUUUUUAGAGAUAAAAAUCAAAAUAAACUUAGGAAUAAGGGUGUGAAUUUCAUGAUGCAAAUAUUUUUAGAAGAAAAAAUAUAAAAACAGGGUACCUUAUUUGGAUUAGAUUUAUGAAAAUGAUUUUUUUUAUUUAAUACUUCUUGAUUUCAUUCUAUUUCUGAACUUUGUGUAUUCUAUGCAUCAAAAAAUGAUUAUGAUAUUUAUUGUAUAGUGUAGACACCCUAUGGCAGCUGCCCUAUGGUCAUGAAUUGUGAACUUUGAAUAAGAAAUCAAUUAUUGAUAAUUUAUCACUUUUGUGUACAUAGAAAUUUGUAUCAGCACUUUCCUAUUUUGUUCAAUUCACUUGAUAUUGAUUUAAUAUUCCCUAGACGUUGUGUGUAAUACCUCUGUCACAUUUUAUACCUCAAUAGCCCAAUUAUACCUCGUUCACAUUAACUCUACGGUGGCCAUACAGCGAGUCAAAAACAGCUGUUUUAACAUUUUAAAAGAUAGUUACAUAUAGGUGGUUUGAAUAAGAAUGAAUGAAAUGUCUGUUUUCGACUCGCCGUACGGACGCCGUAGAGUAAAUGUGACUGAGGUAUAAUUGGGAUUCUUGACAGAUUUACAGUGUAUCAAUUCGAUGCGAUCGAAGAGACACGAUGACUAGAAUCCAAUUUAUUUUCCAUUACUUUUAAACAGUAUAAAUAGUAAUCUUGCAGAUGGAGUAUCAUGUGAAUUUUGAACAUUUUUUUAAUUAUUAUUUUCAAAAGAAACUUAUAUAAACUAUUCUAAAAACGAUUCGUAGUCCAUAUGUGGCAGGGGUUUGCUGCUACAUAGUAGUGCAAUUAUGGCUCGUUUGGAUGAUGAACAUAUACAACUUGUUUAUUUGCAAUUUUGAAAUUUCAUAUUGUUAUAUAGUAAAUAUAAGAUGACAUCAAUA